CUGCGCUCAACCUGGUCCGGCAUCCCACCAGACUUCUAGUUCUUUCUUUUGUCAACCGGGACGCCGCUUAGCCUUCUGCCCCACCUCGUCCCUCAGAUUUCACACUGUCCUGGGAGUCUCUCAUCCCUUUCUCUCAGACCUUAAGUCUUAAAGGAUGAAGACAAAGGCACUGUUUGAAGAAAAUUGUUAAGUGGAGAAGUGAAAAGAGAUUUUUCUGAGAAGUGUGAUUGAAGACAAAACUUCUCAGUGAAAGUAAAUGAAAUUAUCCAGUACUUCAAGUCUAUCACACUGAAGUUUCAUUAACUGGAGGUGGAUACCAAUCUUGAAGUUUUCCAAAGUAGGAGCCAUCUACCUCUCUAUAUAAGCAUUUAUUACUGGUUGCCUCAUGACUGUACUCCAAGAUAAGAUGAAAAUUCAUAUGUUGUCCAAAACAUUGACAGAAUCAUCAUAUUGAAUAUAGAGAGUUCUCAAACGUUAUUUUACAAUUUGUUUUAUUGACUUCACAAUGUCUGAUAUCAGAUUCAGCAAUCUCACUUGGGAUCACAUUGUAACACUGGAUCGUGUGUUAGAGGAAGUAAUCCCAAUUCAUGGAAGGGGCAAUUUCCCCACACUGGAGGUAAAACCAAAAGAUAUUGUUCAUGUUGUGAAAGAGCAACUCAUAAAGCAGGGCAUUAUUGUUAAAGAUACAAGAUUGAAUGGCUCUACAGCAAGUUACAUACUCGCAAGCCAUAAUGGAAUCAGCUAUAAAGAUUUGGACAUUAUUUUUGGUGUUGAUCUACCAAGUGAUCAAGAGUUUCAGGUAGUUAAGGAUGCAGUUUUAGGCUGUCUACUUGACUUUUUACCAAAAGGUGUUAAAAAAGAAAAGAUUACCCUAAAAACCAUGAAAGACGCAUAUGUGCAGAAAAUGAUAAAAAUUUGCAGUAACAGUGAUCGUUGGAGCCUCAUCUCCCUUUCAAAUAACACUGGGAAGAAUGUAGAACUAAAAUUUGUGAAUUCACUCCGACGACAAUUUGAAUUUAGUGUAGAUUCUUUUCAAAUUCUUUUGGAUUCUAUGUUAGAUUUCUAUAGUGUCCCAAAUGCCAAGCUAACCAAAGAAUCUUGUCCUGUUGUGGUGGCUGAAAGUAUGUAUGGGGACUUUCAAGAAGCAAUGAUACAUUUGAAAUACAAGCUAAUAUCUACCAGAAAACCUGAAGAGAUCAGAGGUGGUGGCCUUUUGAAAUAUAGCAAUUUGUUGGUUCGUGACUUCAAACCAGCUUCUGAAACAGAAAUUAAGACUUUGGAACGUUAUAUGUGUUCUAGAUUUUUCAUUGAUUUUCCUGAUGUAGCAGAACAGCAAAAGAAAAUUGAAUCGUACCUCCACAACCAUUUCAUAGGUGACGAAAAAAGCAAAUAUGACUACCUUAUGACUUUGCAUGGAGUGGUGAACCAAAGCACUGUCUGCCUCAUGGGAUAUGAAAGAAGGCAGACCCUUAACAUGAUCACUCUUUUGGCUUUGAAAGUACUUGGAGAACAGAAUAUUUUACCCAGUACAGACAACGUAACUUGCUUUUAUCAACCUGCUCCAUACCUAGUUCUUAAGGGAGGGUACCCUAGUUAUUAUGUAGCAUCUGGGCCACCAGUGGUUUAUUUCCAGCCAUGUCAUGCAGUGCAAUUCCCUGUGCAAAAUGGUAUGACGUAAGAUAUACACAUAUCAGGAGUUUUGCUUAAGCACCUCUGAAAAGCAAUUUUCCAAGUUCUGUAAAAUGUUAAGAUCUAUUUUUGUGUAGUUGGCAACUAUUUUUCACCAAUUGAAGCUUCAAUAAUCAUAGUAGAUAGGUAUCAUCUCUAAACUGACAUUUUAACAUGAUCAUUGAAUGUUGUAACUGUAAAAUAUUACAAAUGUAGUAGAACACUUGAAAUGAUUUUUCAAAUCUUACUGAAACACCAGUAUAAGAUGCCUGCAUAUUUGGGUAAUGUAUGAAAGAACACUUCUCAUGUUUUAAAAUGAAGUGAUGAAGUGUAGUGAAGAUAUAUUACAACACUUUUAUGUACAAUUAGUUCCUGGUUACACUGGUUUUUUUCUUAACAAAUAACAUGAAUUUUUGUUCAUAAAUUGAAAGUAUCUGAUUUCAAAGAUAUUUUAAAUAACGUUAAAACAAUUUAUUGUAAGCCUGUGUUUCCCAAUAUAAUUUGUCGGCUUAGAAUGCUGUUCAAAUUUAUAGGACCACUUGGAAGAAUAUUCUAGAAAACAGGAAUUUAUCCUUUAUUUUAUAAUAAUUUAGCUAAUCUGUGGAUCAAAAAGUAUCUUUCAGCUGAACAACCAAGACCAUGACUUAUUAUGCAGAGAUUUUUGAUGUGUAAUUAAGUUGAAACAGAAAAAAAAACCCAACCAAUUCUGAACAUGAAACUAUUCUAUCAUCAUCUCUUAAGAUAAAACUAAAUGGAAGAGACAAGAAAAACAGCACCAGCAAAGACAGAAAAUUAGAGAUUUCAGGCAUGACAUUUAAGAUUUUUUUAUGUUAGUUUGAUCAAUAUCCUAAUACAUCUGGAAAUGUUCAUCAUUAGACAUUGAAAGCACUUAUCACUAAAUGAAGGAUUUUUUUCCAACACCAAAGAUUUGUUUCUAGUAUCUUCUUCAAUGUUAGAUUUCAGUUAAUACUACACUUUUUUCAGAAUUGUAUAUAUUUGCCAUUAUUCUUAAUAUCUAUUCAGUACAAUCUAUCAGUGUGGUUUAAAUUGAAUUUUCUUUAUAUGGUGAAAAGAGAUGUUAUAUGGGAUGACAACAGCAAGCUAUUCUAAGUGAAUGUCAAUAAGGCCAUCAGAAAACUUAAAUAUUUUUCUACCACAACAAGAACCAUCAAUCAAAAUCUUGAAAUGUGCUACCUACAGACUGUAUUUAAAGUCUCUUCUCAGUAUUAUAGUAUUGAAUAGAAUAGUACAAUUUCUAUGGAAUUUUCAAGUAGCCGAUAUUUCUGAUGUUUUGUACACAUACAUCACUGGGCAUUGGUGUGCUUAAAUGAUUACAUGUGUAAUAAAAAAAUCCCAAGGCUUUAAAAUAUUUGGAUUUACCCUUUCAGGUGGAGUUAAAAUAAAAAUUAUUAAAUACUAA